AUGAAGCCCCCGGCCAGAAAUUUCGACUUUCCGGAUCCGAGUGGUGCUUCGCAGUGGCAACAGCAGCAGCAGCAGCAGCAACAGCCCUACCCUCAGCUUUGCAACUCAGAUCCACAGCCAAGCAGCCAAGUUCCUCGGACGUUCAACGAAGAGGUGGGAGUUCACAGUCAGGACCUCGGGGCCUAUCCAGUAGGGGAGGUCUCGUAUCACGGCUUGUCACCAACUGCUGGAUCCGCAUUUGACGGCAGAAACGAGACACAACAAGCGGGAAGAUGGCAAACGAUCCAUAUCCAGCAGAACAACAUAGCCGGACCUUCACACAUUCCGCCUAACCAACAAAGACAACAGCAACAACAACAGCUGACCCGGCUCGACAGAGAUAGGGAACGGGCCGACUUCAAGCCUGAAAACCAACUCUCUCGUCUCUCCUCACGCCCAGGUGGCCCAAAUUCGCGACCACAGCCUCAUCAGGGAUACGGAAGCUCGAGCUCUGAUCAGGAGCCGCAGCAGAGGGGCCAGUUGGUGGGUAGUAGAGCGCGAGAAUUGCAGCCUCGGCAAUACUAUUCAAAUGAGCAUGUCGCCAGUGCUGGCUUCCCAUACCAAAACACGAGCCUGUAUCCUCCAGAUCCACCACCGCUUCAACAGUAUGGUUCGUCACUUCUCCCGUUCCACAUUGACAACAACAGCUCUCCAAACUCCGAUCCUCAAAAGUACCAUUCGGGUGGCUAUGCGGAGUUCUCAGGCAUCAAACCUGCGCUCCGAGAAUACCAGGCACCGCAGAGGUCUACAGCUGGACCUUCCAGGUUCAACACUGCUCAGCACCAAGUAGGCAGCGAUGGCUCUCAUGGCUUCAUACCUCCACAACGUGACUUUCAUGGCUAUGCACAGUCGACCCAUCUCAUCGACCCGGCUCUUCAAGCCACGGAUAAUCCUCAACACCAACAAACUUAUGCAGAACAUUCCAGUAACAACAAAGACGGCAAUACUGAUCGAAAUCAGCCCGGUCGUGACGACCUCCAUAAUGCUCCUGAGGCCCAGUACCCUUCAAAUGACGGAUACGUUCCAUAUUUUAACCAGGACCUACAAGUUCAACCUGGGAAUAUGCCCCAGGCCAACUUUGCGGAUAUGGACAACGUCACACUGGCGCCGAUGUACGGCUGUGCUCUUCCAUCUCAGAGCCAACAAUAUUCUACAGGUCAGAGUUCCAGCCGGCAAUCUGUUACUGAGAAAGGGAAAGGUGCUGGGCAGCAAACCCAGGCCCAACAAUUGUAA